GGACGCAUUGAGCGGCACAUAGGGACCUCUCUUUCUGCCAUGGCAAUUUAGUUAUAGGUCUUCCUCCCAAUUCCCCUUCUCGACUGCCAAAGUGCCGAGCGCCGCCGUCCGCCGGCCCGCCGCGCCGUCCUCUAGCCGACGCCCGCCGGCCUCCACCGGCUGGUUGUUGCAAGAACUGCACGCAGCCCGUUGCUGGCUGCUGGCCCUUCUCGUGCUGCCGGCUAUUCUGUGAACUGCUGCCGAAGCCUGAAGGACCGGAGGUCGAAGGAGCAAGCAACUAUAGCAAGUUUAUGUUGUGAAUUUCCAUGCAUAUUUUGCCUUCAGUUUGAAAUCAGCUCCCUCUUGGUUGCUGUCACGCUCCGCCACUGCUACCCUGUCCAAAUCCAUCGCCAAGCCACCGGUGUCUCCGAUGGAGUCAUUUCCGCCGCAUCCACUUCCUCCACUGCCCGGGAAUCUCUCCUCUGCUCCGCCGCCACCGCUUCUACAUCAGCAGGCUGGGUCUGCUCCGGCGCCAGCAACGCUCCUGGUGCGGCACCUCCCAGAGGCAAUCACACAGGAGAUGCUCUUUGGACUCUUCUCCCACUAUGGCGCCACAUCCGUCCGCCUCUGCGGUGGAAAGCUGAGGAACUGUGCAUUUGUGGAUUUUAGGGACGAGAUGGCGGCCAAUCAGGCGCAGUCUGUGUUGAACAGGUUCAAGAUCCUUGGGAAAGUACUGAUAGUCGAGAGAGCAAACAAGCCAAAUGCCAAGAAUGCGAACGAGAAGCAUCAGGAGGAAUUAGCUCACAGGAUGCCUCAAGUGCCAAGUAUGAAUUCCCAGAAUCAAGAGAAUCCUACAUCAACUGCCGAACCGAUCGCUUCUAGGCUUGGUGUGGACUAUUCAUUUCCUCCUCAUCUUGAGUAUGCAUACCCACCACCUGAUGGAAACAUAUUGACAAAUAUUGUCAACUCUCUCAUUGCCGUUCCCCGAUUUUACACCCAGGUGUUGCAUUUGAUGAACAAGAUGAACCUUCCAGCUCCAUUUCGGACGGCAUUGCCUACUCCACCUCUACCAUCACAAGUGCCUGCUCCUCCUCCCCCUCCACCACCACAGCCUUCUAUGACAGAGAAACUUCAUUUGGCUGAUCUGUCUAGUGAUGAGUCUGAGAUGGAGUCUUCUGAUGAAGAUGUUGAUACAAGGAAAGUCAAGCGUGCAAAGCAUGAAGCUAUUGUUGGUCCUGCAGUUGAUAGAAGUGUCGCCCAUGAAUCGGUCGGGGUGAAACCAGCUGCACUAGUUCCCAAUGAGCUUCAAGUAAUAAAAAAGAAAAACCCAGUACUGCAGAUAAAAAUUGUCCCUAAGGCUGCUUAUAAGGAACUUGCUGAUCGGAGUACUAUCGACAAGGAAUUGGCCUCUAGAGAUGAAAAAAUUGAAGAAAAACAUUUUGCCACGCCUCAGGAAAUAGAGAAAGAGAAAUUGCCAACAGAGGAGAUUUUGUCCCUUCCCAUGUUCAAGAAUUACACUCCAGGGAAUCCUGCCAGUGUAUUAUAUAUUAAGAACUUGGCAAAAGAUGUUGUUCAUGAUGACUUCUACUAUGUCUUUGGAUCUGUGUUUGAAAGCAUGGAUGCUGCAAGAUCUGGUUUAAGUAUCAAAUUAAUGCAGGAAGGACGAAUGCGGGGCCAAGCUUUUGUGACGUUUCCAUCUGUUGAACUUGCGCAGCGUGCACUGAAUUUAGCGCAUGGUUAUGCGUUCAAGGGCAAGCCGAUGAUCAUUCAGUUUGGUAGAAGCCCUGCUGCUACCAAAACGUCUUCCUAGGAGGUUGCAUUCUUUCCGACUCUGAUGUGCUGUGAAGCUGUUAAGAGUUGGCAACCAAGAUUCUCAUUUUUACCUGUGCAUGUCGUGUGGAAGAAACAGCUGUAUCAACUAUCUUGUGCUUCUCUUCUCCAGAUUCUGAAUUCGGAGUAGAGAAAAAUUCACUGUAGGUCACAAAACUUGAGCCGGAUGACACUUUGGUACCACUACUUCAAAAUACCCGAACUACGGUCCAUGUA